CGAAUUUGACAGAGCUUGUUUUAUUCAUCAACAUACAAGUUGUCAUUUGGUUUUUGUUCAUUCUUUGUAAUUCCAAUGCGAAAUGGCUUGAUUUAUUCCCAAUUAAUCAUUAAUCCAUUGAAUAUUCGAGUAUUUAUCGACUUCAUGUCAUGAACAAUUCGCAUCGGGAAAUGUUUAACAAUUAGUCAAUUUUUUAUAUUAAAUAUAUCAAAAUGUAUACACUUUUGCACGGUUUCUACAAAUAUAUGGUACAAAAAGAUGAAUAUUGUGUCCUCAUUCUUGGAUUAGAUGACGCUGGCAAAACAACGUACCUGGAAGCGGCUAAAACAAAGCUCACAAAAAACUACAAAGGAAUGAAUCCAAAGCAUAUAACGACAACGGUUGGCUUAAAUAUCGGUCAAAUUGAUAGUUCGGGUAUACGGCUCAGCUUCUGGGAUCUCGGUGGACAGUCUGAAUUACAAUCUUUAUGGGAUAAAUAUUAUCAAGAAUCGCAUGCCAUUAUUUAUGUGGUUGAUUCACAUGACCGUGAGCGAAUGGAAGAAUCAAAAGCAGUUUUUGAUAAAAUGAUUUGUAAUGAACAUUUGGCUGGCAUUCCGUUGCUGCUGUUGGCAAAUAAACAAGAUUUACCCGAUUGCAUGGGUGUAAGAGAGAUUAAACCAGUAUUCCAGCAAUCGGCCAUCCACAUUGGACGAAGAGACUGCUUGGUGAUGCCAGUUUCUGCGUUAACUGGUGAGGGUGUACAAGAAGGCAUUCAAUGGCUUGUCGACGCUAUUCUCAGAAACAGUGUUGUUCGAUUGCCUCGCGUUAAAGAUUAAAAGAUAAUUCAAAUUGUUUUUUCUUCUAAAACUGAUUUAAUUUUAUUUUUUUCUAAUAUAUUGCAUGUGAUUUCGAAUGAAAAAUACUAAAUAAAUAUGAGUACCAAUGAGAA